GGAGAGGAAGGGGGGGAUGAGCGGAGAGCAGGACCCAGGAGAUCUGGGAGCAAGAACAGGCCCUGAUGCCACCGAGGCCGAGAGCAGAAGGGAGCUGUGUGAAGGAGCCGUGCAGAAGAGCCUGGGGGACAACGUCCUCCCUCCAGAUGUGCAGCGCCAGCAAUUUCGACACCUCUGCUGUGAGGAAAGACUCCACCGUCUUUGCCACCAGUGGCUGAAGCCAGAGAUGCACAGCAAGAAGGAGAUGCUGGACCUGGUGAUCCCGGAGCAGUUCCUCGCUGUCCUGCCCUCAGAGAUGGAGAGCUGGGUGAGGGAGUGCGGGCCUGAGACCAGUUCGCAGGUGGUGGCCCUGGCAGAAGGCUUCCUCCUGAGCCAGGCAGAGGAGAAGAAUCAGGACCAGCAGGGUCUGGUGACGUUUGAGGAGGUGUCUGUUCAUUUCACGGAGGAGGAGUGGGCUCUGCUGGACCCGAACCAAAGAAUCCUUCACAAGGAAGUCAUGGAGGACAAUCGUCAGAAUGUGGCCUCUCUGGGUAAGGGAGACCUUACUGGCCAUCAACGAAUCCACACAGGGGAGAAACCAUAUAAAUGCUUGGACUGUGGAAAGAGCUUUGCUCGGAGUGUCAACUUUACUGCCCAUCAACGUAUCCACACUGGCGAGAAACCAUAUAAAUGCUUGGAGUGUGGAAAGAACUUUGCUUGGAAGGGAGACCUUACUGGCCAUCAACGAAUCCAUACAGGGGAGAAACCAUAUAAAUGCUUGGAGUGUGGAAAGAGCUUUGCUUGGGUCGUCAACUUUACUGCCCAUCGACGUAUCCACACUGGGGAGAAACCAUAUAAAUGCUUGGAGUGUGGAAAGAGCUUUCGUCGGAGUGACAACCUUACUGUCCAUCGACGAGUCCAUUCAGGUGAGAAACCAUAUAAAUGCUUGCAGUGUGGAAAGAUUUUUGCUCGGAGUGAUAAUCUUACUGCCCAUCAACAAAUCCACACUGGGGAGAAACCAUAUAAAUGCUUGGAGUGUGGAAAGAGCUUUGCUUCGAAGGGAGCCCUUACUGCCCAUGAACGAAUCCACACAGGGGAGAAACCAUUUAAAUGCUUGGAGUGUGGAAUGAGCUUUGUUCGGAGUGCCCAUCUCACUGCCCAUCGGCGAACCCACACAAGGGAAAAACCAUAUAAAUGUCUGGAGUGUGGAAAGAGCUUUGCUCGGAGUAACACACUUAUUACUCAUCGACUAAACCACACAUGGGAAAAACCUUAUAAAUGCAUGGAGUGUGGAAAAAGCUUUGUUCGGAGUGACAAACUUAGUGCCCAUCAACGAAUCCACACAGGGGAGAAACCAUAUAAAUGCUUGGAGUGUGGAAAGAGUUUUGCUCAGAGUAAAGACCUUUCUAUGCAUCAACGAAUCCACACAGGGGAGAAACCAUAUAAAUGCUUGGACUGUGGAAAAAGCUUUGCUCAGAGCUCACACCUUACAGCCCAUCGACAAAUACACACAGGGGACAAACUUUAUAAGUGCUUUGAUUGUGGAAAGAGUUUUGGUUGGAAGCGAACCCUUAUUGGCCAUCAACAAAUCCACACAGGGGAGAAACCGUAUAAAUGCUUUGACUGUGGAAAGAGCUUUCAUCGGAGUGACAACCUUAUUGUCCAUCGACGAAUCCACUCAGGAGAGAAACCAUAUAAAUGCUUGGAGUGUGGAAAGAGCUUUGCUCGGAGCGACGUGCUUAUUGCUCAUCGACGAAUCCAUACAGAAGAGGAACCACAUAAAUGCUAGGAAUGUGGAAAGACCUUUGCUGAAUCCCAGAUCUUUGAUACACACUCGAGAAUCCACACAGGGGAGAAACCGUAUAAAUACGUAGACUGUGGAAAGAGUUUCCAUCAGAGUGACAACCUUACUAUCCAUGGACAAAUCAACUCAGUUAAGAAACCAUACAAAUGCUUGGAGUGUGGCAAGAGCUUUGUUUGGAAUGCCAGUCUUACUGCCCAUCAGAAUAUGCACACUGGGGAGAAACCAUAUAAAUGCUUGGACUGUGCAAAGAGUUUUGCUCUGCGUAAUUACCUUACUGCCCAUCAACGUAUCCACUCAGGCGAGAAACCGUAUAAAUGCUUGGACUGUGCAAAGAGUUUUGUUCGGAGUGCUGAUCUUACUGCCCAUCGGCAUAUACACACUGGGGAGAAACCAUAUAAAUGCUUAGAGUGUGGAAAAAGCUUUGCUUCAAAGGGAGCCUUUACAGGCCAUCAACGAAUCCACUCAGGGGAGAAACCAUACAAAUGCUUUGAGUGUGGGAAGAGCUUUGUUCGGAGUGACAACCUUGCUGCCCAUCAACGAAUUCACACAGGAGAGAAACCAUAUAAAUGCUUUGAGUGUGGAAAGAGCUUUGCUCAGAGUGACAAUCUUCGUACCCAUCAACGAACCCACUCAGGGGAGAAACCAUACAAAUGCUUAGACUGUGGAAAGAGCUUUGUUCACAGUCCCAGUGUUACUGCCCAUCGACGUAGCCACACAGGGGAGAAACCAUAUAAAUGCUUGGACUGUGGAAAGAGCUUUGCUCGGAGAGACAACCUUACUGCCCAUGAACGAAUCCACACAGGGGAGAAACCAUUUAAAUGCUUGGAGUGUGGAAAGAGCUUUGCUCGGAGUUACAACCUUAGUGCCCAUCGACGAAUCCACACAGCAGAGAAACCUUAUAAAUGCUUCGACUGUGGAAAGAGCUUUGUUCACAGUACCAGCGUUACUGUCCAUCGACGUUGCCACACAGGUGAGAAACCAUAUAAAUGUUCAGACUGUGGAAAGAGCUUUGCUCGGAGAGACAACCUUACUUCCCAUCGACAGAUCCACACAGGGGAGAAACCAUAUAAAUGCUUAGAGUGUGGAAAGAGUUUUGUUUCAAAGGGAGCCUUUACUGGCCAUCAACGAAUCCACACAGGGGAGAAACCAUAUAAAUGUCUGGAGUGUGGCAAGAGCUUUGUUCGGAGAGACAACCUUACUGCCCACUGGCAUAUGCACAGAGGAGAGAAACCUUAUAAAUGUUUGGAAUGUGGUAAGAGCUUUGCUCGGAGUGACACGCUUACUGCUCAUGGACGAAUCCAUAGAGGAGAGAAACCAUAAAAAUGCUAAGAGUGUGGAAAGAGCUUUGCUUGGAGAGACAAACUUACUUCCCAUUGAUGAAUCCACACAGGGGAGAAACUAAGUAAAUGCUCCAUGUGUGGAAAGACUCACAGUUACAGCAGAAGACUUAUUGCCCAUCAAAGAUUUCAUACAGGGAAGAAACCAUAUAAAUGCUGUGAGUGUGGAAAAGGUUUCCAUCAGAAUUACUUCCUGGCUGAUCAUGUCUUAAUCCACACGGGAGAGAAACCAUAUAAGUGCUUGGACUGUGGAAGGAGCUUUGCUCGAAGUGUCAACUUUAUUACCCAUCAACGUAUCCACACUGGGGAGAAACCAUAUAAAUGUUUAGAGUGUGGAAAGAGCUUUCGUCGGAGUGACAGCCUUACUGUCCAUCGACGAAUCCACCCAGGGGAAAAGCAAUAUAAAUGCUUGGAAUGUGGAAAGAGGUUUGCUUCAAAGAGAGCCUUUACUGUCCAUCAACAAAUCCACACAGGAGAGAAACCAUUUAAAUGCUUGGAGUGUGGAAAGAGCUUUGUUCGGAGUGACAACCUUACUGCCCAUAGACAAAUCCACAAACAGGAGAAACCAUAUAAAUGCUUGGAGUGUGGAAAGAGUUUUGCUCGGAGUUACAACCUUACUGCCCAUCAACGAAUCCACACAGGGGAGAAACCAUAUAGAUGCUUUGAAUGUGGAAAGAGUUUUGCUUGGAAGGGAGCCUUUACUGGCCAUCAACUAAUCCACACUGGGGAGAAACCAUAUGAAUGCUUGGAGUGUGGAAAGAGUUUUGCUCGGAGUUACAACCUUACUGCCCAUCAACGAAUCCACACAGGGGAGAAACCAUAUAAAUGCUUGGACUGUGGAAAGAGCUUUGCUCAUAGUUCACACCUUUCUUCUCAUCAUCGAAUUCACACGGGGGAGAAACCAUAUACAUGCUUUGAGUGUGGAAAUAGUUUUGCUCAGAGUAAAGACCUUACUACCCAUCAACGUAUCCACACAGGGGAGAAACCAUAUAAGUGCUCAGAUUGUGGAAAGAGCUUUGCUCAAAGUAGCAACUUUACUGCCCAUCGACGAAUCCACACAGGGGAGAAACCAUACGAAUGCUUUGAGUGUGGAAAGAGCUUUGCUUGGAAAAGAGACCUUACUGCCCAUCGAAGAAUCCACACAGGGGAGAAACCAUAUAAAUGCUUGGAAUGUGGAAAGAGCUUUGCUUUGAAGGGAGUCCUUAAUGGCCAUCAACGAAUCCACACAGGGGAGAAACCAUAUAAAUGCUUGGAAUGUGGAAAGAGCUUUGCUUUGAAGGGAGUCCUUAAUGGCCAUCAACGAAUCCACACAGGGGAGAAACCAUAUAAAUGCUUGGAAUGUGGAAAGAGCUUUGCUUUGAAGGGAGUCCUUAAUGGCCAUCAACGAAUCCACACAGGGGAGAAACCAUAUAAAUGCUUGGAAUGUGGAAAGAGCUUUGCUUUGAAGGGAGUCCUUAAUGGCCAUCAACGAAUCCACACAGGGGAGAAACCAUAUAAAUGCUUGGCAUGUGGAAAGAGCUUUGCGUGGAAGGGAGACCUUACUCGCCAUCAACGAAUCCACAAGGGAGAAACAUAUGAAUGCUUGGAGUGUGGAAAGAGCUUUGAGUGUGGAAACAGCUUUCUUCAUGGCGCCCAUCUUACUGCCCAUUGGCAUACGCAUACAAGGGAGAAUCCAUAUAAAUGCGUGUAUGAUGGUAAGAGCUUUGCUCAAAGUGACAACCUUCGUGCCCAUCGACAAAUCCACAUAAUGGGGAAACCAUACAAAAUCUUGGAACAUGGAAAGUGGUUCACUUGGAAGGAUCACGUGCAGGAGGAGAUCAUGCAGGGCCAUCACCCUGGAGCAACCUUUCCAGGUGGUGCCAUGAAACCGGUGAGGUAUUCUUCGCCAUCUCUUUGUGACAAAGGAGUUUAUAUAAAGCCAGAGCAGGGUCUGGUGACCUUUGAGGAGGUGUCUGUUCACUUCACUGAGGAGGAGUGGGCUCUGCUGGAUCCGGACCAAAGAAUCCUUCACAAGGAAGUCAUGGAGGACAGUCGUCAGGUUGUGGCCUCUCUGGAGGUUGAUGGUCCUCAGAAUAAGUUGAAGGGAGAACUACAACAGUUCGUGUUGGGAAACAAACAGAGAAAAAAGACUGGAACAGAAUGGAAGAAGGUAAAUGAAUCCUCUUCUCCUCAGGCUGCUGAAUCCCAGGUCUCUGAUAAACAGUGGGGGAUCCACACAUGGGAGAAGCCAUAUAAAUGCAUGGAUUGUGGAAAGAGCUUUGAUCGGAGGGUCAAGUUUACUGCCCAUCGACGCAUCCACAGUGGAGCAAAACCAUAUAAAUGUUUCGAGUGUGGAAAGAGCUUUCGUCGGAGUGACAACCUUACUGUUCAUCAACGAAUUCACUCAGGCGAGAAACCAUAUAAAUGCUUGGACUGUGGAAAGAGUUUUUCUCAGAGUGCUAGCCUUACUGCCCAUCGACGUAUCCACACAGGGGAGAAACCAUAUAAAUGUUUGGACUGUGGAAAAAGCUUUUCUCAGAGUGGCCAUAUUAUUGCCCAUCGAUAUAUACACAAUAAGGAGAAACCAUAUAAAUGCUUGGAGUGUGGAAGGAGCUUUACAUUUAUGGUCCAUCAAAGAGUCCACACAGGGAAGACGCAUAAAUGUCUAGAAUGUGGAAAGAGCUUUGUACAGGAGGAAAUCAUGCAGGAGCGUUACCCUGGAGCAACCUUUCCAGGUGGUGCCAUGAAACCGGUGAGGUAUUCUUUGCCAUCUCUUUGUGACAAAGCUGCUUCCGUGAAGCCAGAGCAGGGUCUGGUGACCUUUGAGGAGGUGUCUGUUGAUUUCUUGGAGGAGGAGUGGGCUCUGCUUGAUCUGGACCAAAGAAUCCUUCACAAGGAAGUCAUGGAGGAGAAUUGUCAGGUUGUGGCCUCUCUGGAGGCUGAUAGUCCCCAGAAUAAGUCCAAAGGAGAACUGCAAUACUUCCUGUUGGAAGAAAAACAGCAGAGAAGAAACACUGAAAUAAGAUGGAAAUGGGAAAAUGAAUCCUCCUCUUCUCAGGGUACUGAAUCCCAAGUGUUUAAUACAUACAGAAUCCACACAGCGGAGAAAGCAUAUAAAUACUUGGACUGUGGAAAAAGCUUUUCUCAGAGUGCCCAUAUUACUGCCCAUGGACGUAUCCACACAGGGGAGAAACCAUAUAAAUGCUUGGAGUGUGGAAAGAGCUUUGCUCGUAAUGACAAGCUUACUGCUCAUCAGCGAAUCCACACAGGAGAGAAACCAUAUAAAUGCUUGGACUGUGGAAAGAGCUUUGCUCAGAAUGACAAGCUUACUGUUCAUAGAAGAAUCCACACUGGAGAGAAACCAUAUAAAUGCUGCGAGUGUGGAAAAAGCUUUGCUUGGAGUGUAAAACUUACUGCUCAUCGACAAAUCCAUACAAAUGAUAAAAAAUAUAAAUGCUUGGAUUGUGGAAAGGGCUUUUCUCGGAGCGACACACUUACUGCUCAUCGACGAAUCCAUACAGGAGAGAAACCAUGUAAAUGCUUGGAGUGUGGGAAGAGCUUUGCUCGGAGUGAAUCACUUACUACUCAUCAACGAAUCCAUACAGGGGAGAAACCAUAUGAAUGCUUGGAGUGUGGAAAGAGCUUUGCUUGGAAGACAAACCUUAAUGUCCAUAAACGUAUCCACACAGGGGAGAAACCAUAUAAAUGCUUGGAGUGUGGAAAGAGCUUUGCUUGGAAGACAAACCUUAAUGUCCAUAAACGUAUCCACACAGGGGAGAAACCAUAUAAAUGCUUGGAGUGUGGAAAGAAUUUUGCUUCAAAGGGUGCCCUAACUGGCCAUCAACGUAUCCACAUUGGAGAGAAACCAUAUACAUGCUUGGAGUGUGGAAAGAACUUUGCUCGGAGCGAAAUGCUUACUACUCAUCGACGAAUCCAUACAGGAGAGAAACCAUAUACAUGCUUGGUUUGUGGAAAGAGUUUUGCUUGGAAGACAAACCUUACUGACCAUCAACGAAUCCACACAGGGGAGAAACCAUAUAAAUGCUUGGAAUGUGGAAAGAAUUUUGCUUCAAAGGGAGCCCUUACUGGCCAUCAACGUAUCCACAUUGGAGAGAAACCAUAUACAUGCUUGGAGUGUGGAAAGAACUUUGCUAGGAGCGAAACACUUACUACUCAUCGACGAAUCCAUACAGGAGAGAAACCAUACAAAUGCUUGGAGUGUGGAAAGAAUUUUGCUUGGAGGGGAGACCUUAAAGACCAUCAACGAAUCCACACAGGGGAGAAACCAUAUAAAUGCGUGGAUUGUGGAAAGGGCUUUUCUCAGAAUCGCAACCUUGCUACUCAUCGACGUAUACACACUGGGGAGAAACCAUAUAAAUGUUUGGAGUGUGGAAAGUGCUUUGCUCAGAAGACACAUCUUGUGAAACAUCAAAGAAUCCACACAAAAAUCCACCUGCGGGAGAAGCCAUAUAAAUGCUCGCAGUGCGGGGAAGGCUUCACCCGGAGCUCUAGCCUUAAGAAACACGAGGGCUCCCACACGGGAGAGAAGCCCUUCAAAUGCCCGGACUGUGAGAAAUCCUUCAACACCUCUUCCCAGCUGGUCAAGCAUCACCGUGUGCACACGGGAGAGAGGCCCUAUACUUGCGCCGAGUGUGGGAAAAGCUUCAGCCAGUGGCAAAUCCUGAUGGUCCACCAGAGGACCCACACGGGGGAGAAGCCCUUCAAAUGCGCCACGUGUGGGAAGUGCUUCUCUGACCGUGCCGUCCACAUCAGGCACCAGAAAGUCCACACGGGGGAGAGGCCGCAUCUGUGCACGACUUGCGGGAAAAGGUUCACUCACCGCACAGUCCUGGUGAAGCACCAGAAGAUCCACGCCAGAGAAGCUCUGAACAUGCUUCGGCUGGAAGAGGAGCAGAAGCAGCAGCAGCAGCAGCCGCCACCGGAAAUCCCAUAAAUGCUCGGCGCAAGGCUACAGAUGACAGUUUCGUCCAUGGUAGCUACUGCAGUGUGGAAACAGUUAUCUGUAUCACUUACCCUCUCUGUAUGUUGUUGAGGGGAAUUACACUUGUUUCUUCCCCGUGAGGUUGGACAUUUCCCAGAUGGCUGGUUUCUCCGUGUCCCAGUGCAUGACAGUAAGCUGUCCACGUGAUCCCUGAUUGACUGUGCUGCUGUCCACGGGAUCCCUGAUUGACUGUGCUUGCUCUCGUUGGAAGCUCUUGGUUUGGUGCUCAACAGCUGGUGGAGCUGUUGAACAUCGGUGGAACCAACCCGAUCUGCACUUGCUGCUUUAAACUAUGCACUAUGACUGAAUGAAGCAUUUACACAGUUAUAGGGUGGACUGGGGGGACAGGGACGGAAUCAGUUUUAUUUCUGCAUGGUUGGGGGGCAGCUGUGUGGUUGUGAUGGCAUUUUGCUUUCUUGGUUAGACUAGACACUUCUGUGCAUAUAUCUUUUGUUUUCUUUGUGAUAUUCUGUCUUGAGGUAU